AUGUGUUUCAUUAAUUAUUCAUUGAAGGAAGCUAUUGGGAUUUGUGAAGAUGGAACAGAGGAGACUAUUCUAAUGUUAGAGCCCAGUUGCUCAUUUGGAGAUAUUUCCGUUCUUUGCAACAUUCCUCAGCCCUAUACUGUACGUGUGUGUGAACUAUGCAGACUCUUGCGUAUUGAUAAGCAGCUUUUAUCAAAUAUCAUUCAGAUAUACUUUGUUGAUGGACGAAGAGUCCUAAGCAAUCUUUUGGAGAGUAAUGAAUCCAACAUUCGUGUCAAGCAACUUGAAUCCGAUAUCAUAAUCCAUAUUGGGAAGCAAGAAGCUGAGCUUGCAUUACGAGUAAAUAGUGCUGCUUUUCACGGAGAUUUGGAUCACCUGAAGGGUUUGAUUCGAGCUGGGGCAGACCCUAAGAAGAGUGAUUAUGAUGGGCGAACUCCUUUGCAUCUUGCGGCAUCAGGAGGAUAUGAAGAUAUCACUUCAUUCCUUAUUCAUGAAGGGGUGGACAUUAAUGUUUUAGAUAAAUUUGGGAACACUGCGCUAUUAGAGGCUAUCAAAAACGGACAUGACGAAAUGGCUUCCUUACUCUUCAAACAUGGAGCAAACUUAAACCUCAGUGAUGCUGGUAGCCAACUUUGUGCUGCUGUUGCAAAGGGGGACUCAGAUUUUCUAAAGAGAGUUUUAUCUUAUGGCAUCAAUCCAAACUCAAAAGAUUAUGAUCACCGUACACCUCUGCACAUUGCUGCUGCAGAGGGCAUAUUUGUGAUAGCAAAAAUACUUCUAGAGAAUGGAGCUAGUGUUUUUGCCAAGGACAGGUGGGGAACUACACCAUUAGAUGAAGCGCAUAAAAGUGGAAGCAGAUCCUUGAUAAGGCUAAUGGAAGAAGCUAAACAAGAAGAGCAGUCCUUGUUUCCUGGGCAACAAGAUCAAGAAGUACAAGAGAAAACACAUCCACGGAGGUGUACGGUCUUUCCCUUCCAUCCUUGGGGCCCAUUGGAAAAGAACAGAGAAGGAGUCAUGCUCUGGGUUCCACAAGACAUUGACGAGCUCAUUAGCUCCGCUCUACAGAAGCUCAAAUGCUCUGGCACAUUCAUUCUUUCAGAAGAUGGAGGAAGGAUACUUGACGCAGGCAUGAUAUCUGACAAUGAUAAACUUUAUUUGGUUGCAGACCAAGAUAGAAACACAACAUAGCAUGAAUAUAUGCAAGUGAUUCAGAUUGAUUUUUCCAUAUCAUUGAUCUCACAAUACUUGUACAAGUAUAUACGUAUGCCUUUGUUUUGAAAAGUCUGCGCAUGCCAUUGUAAGCUUGUAACUCAUAAUUAGUGGAAAGGAAAUCAGAGGUAUUCUUAGGGAAAAUAUAUGCAAGCUUAUCAAAGCUUAAUGGAUGCCCAUGUUUCAUUUCAACAACCUUUUAUUGUUAUCCUUCCUCGAACUGCUACAAAGUCUCAUUUUGAUGUAUUUAGCUUAUUCAUGAAACAGAGGAUCAUUGGGAAGGUGAA